AGCAACAGGGGAAGCUUUUAGCUUCGCCUUUUUUCCCCCAGUAGCAGUUUGCUAAGCGACUUUGUUACCUGCCACGGUGAUGGAGGUCACAAUGGACCCUUUAUUUCUUGCGUUGAGCUAUUUCAGAAGACGGAAACUUCAACAGUGUUCAGACCUUUGUACAAAAAUAUUGCAAGACAGUCCCUACGACCAGGACUCGUCCUUGCUUAUCUCAGAGGCUGCAUGGAGCUUAAAAACCCGUGCCCUUACUGAGAUGGUGUACAUCGAUGAAGUUGAUGUUGACCAGGAGGGAAUUGCUGAAAUGAUGCUGGAUGAGAACUCUAUUGCACAAGUUGCACGACCUGGUACAUCUCUGAGACUCCCUGGAACGAGUCAGGGUGGAGGGCCCACUCCAGCUGUCAGGCCUAUGACACAGUCAGGGCGUCCAGUCACAGGAUUUGUGAGACCAAGCACACAGUCAGGGCGUCCUGGGACGAUGGAACAGGCAAUCAAAACCCCACGCACUGCAAGCACUGCUCGUCCUGUCACUGGCUCUUCUGGUAGAUUCAUUCGCUCAGGAACAGCUUCAAUGUUAACCAACCCAGAAGGACCUUUUAUAAAUUUGUCAAGACUGAAUCUGGCCAAGUAUUCCCAAAAACCUAAUUUAUCCAGGACCCUUUUUGAGUACAUCUUUCAUCAUGAAAACGACGUAAAAAAUGCUUUAGAUUUGGCUGCUCAGGCCACUGAGCAUGCACAGUUCAAAGACUGGUGGUGGAAAGUUCAACUGGGAAAAUGUUACUACAGGCUUGGUUUAUACAGAGAAGCAGAGAAACAGUUCCGAUCAGCCCUCAACCACCAAGAGGUUGUAGACACAUACCUCUACCUUGCAAAGGUUUAUCUACGCCUGGAUCAACCGAUAACGGCCCUGAAUCUUUUCAAGCAAGGCCUGGACCACUUCCCUGGUGAGGUCACACUUCUAACAGGAAUCGCUCGCAUCCAUGAGGAAAUGAACAACAUCGCCUCAGCAACAGAGUACUACAAAGAGGUCUUGAAACAGGACAACACACACGUUGAGGCUAUAGCCUGCAUAGGCAGCAAUCACUUCUAUACGGAUCAGCCUGAGAUCGCCCUGCGCUUCUACAGACGGCUGCUCCAGAUGGGCGUGUAUAACUGCCAGCUGUACAACAACCUGGGCCUGUGCUGUUUCUACGCUCAGCAGUACGACAUGACGCUGUCCUCGUUUGAGAGGGCUUUGGCUCUGGUGGCCAAUGACGAAGAGCAGGCAGAUGUCUGGUACAACAUUGGCCAUGUUGCUGUGGGCAUAGGGGACUUGACUCUGGCAUAUCAAUGUUUCAAACUGACUCUGGCUUUCAACAAUGAUCACGCUGAGGCCUAUAAUAAUCUGGCUGUGCUGGAGCUGCGCAAAGGUCAUAUUGAACAGUCCAAAGCUUUCCUGCAAACAGCUGCAUCAGUGGCGCCUCACAUGUACGAGCCACACUUCAAUCUCUCCAUUCUCUGUGAAAAGAUUGGAGACCUUCAGAGCAGCUACACUGCAGCCCAAAAGUCUGAAGAUGCUUUUCCGGAGCACGUCGACACUCAGCAGCUUCUCAAGCUGCUUCGGCAGCACUUUGCUGUGCUGUGAGAGUCCAACACCAACAGCGACACAAAGAUAUAAAAGUAGUAAAAGGAGGGCAGGUUAGUAAAACCUAAAUAUCAACAAAAGGGGCAUUAGUUUUAUUUGUGUUURUUUAUUAAAACUUUAUCUCUAAAUUGCUAUUUUACUGAGCACGUCUUUGUGAUUUGGUACUUAAAUUAUAUAACUGAGUGAGCUUAACUUCACUGGAAACAUGUUGGAUAUUUCUAACAAAGACUGCAUAAUGUAUGUAAAAUAUCACAGGGAAUAAUAGGGAAUUUUUUUGCUUUCUAAGCAAUUUUCUGUAAAAAGAAAAUAAAAACAUCUAAUACAUCAAAAYAUAGAAAUCCAGUGAUUUGACCGACUUGGCCAUUUUUAUGUUUUACAAUAAAAUGAUUCACAUUUUAUGUAUUUUCAGAAACAUCUUUUUGUAUUAGCCUUCUUUGCCAUUUUAUAGAAUAUACAGACACGACAAUAAAGAAACAAGUCAGAAAA